GUAUAAGACUGUAAGAGUUUUCUUUUAUAUCCUCUCAAUUGCAGCUGACAGUAGCAAUUAGUAGCGAUGUCGAAGUACACGUGUUUGAGGCCUGCCGGCAUGUCCGAUGAGGAGGACGACGAGGACGAUGACGUCUUUUACUCUCUCGAGGAGAAAGAGUCUACUGUCAAAAAAUAUAAUUAUACUUCAUGGAAGGAGAAGACAAAGGAAGAGACAAAAACUAAUUCCGAGAUAAACAAUGAGGAACAUAUCUACGAGGAUCGCCUUGUGAAGGCAUGUACAAUGGGGAAAUUGAAAGUGAUACAGGAAUAUCUUGAACAAGAACAUGAUGUCAAUAAGUUCCUAUAUACUGGAUGGACUUUAUUAUUAUAUGCAAUUUCAUCGGUGGAACUAGAAAUAGUAGAGCAUCUUUUGGUACAUGGUGCAAACCCGAAUAAGCAUAAAGAUGGAUUUACACCCCUUAUGGCGCUGUGCAAUUCUACAAAGGGAACAUCAGAAAACUCUAUGAAAUGUCUUGAGCUUUUAAUACAAGCGAAAGCUGAUGCAAAUAUUACAAAUAAGCACAAGGAAACGGCUCUAAUGUACGCCUGUAUGUCAAAGGAUGCCGAAUUUGUCUUCGAGCUUAUAAAAUACGUACAGAACAUUGAUGCUUGCGACAGCGAUGGGAAAUCAGCAUUGAUGUAUGCCGCUUCAGCUAAUAAACCUGAUAAUGUCAAAAUUCUUCUGGCGCAUAAUGCGAAUACUUCACUGACAGACUUACACAAUUUAUCUGCCAAAGAUAUCGCAGAUACAAAAGGAUUCUCAGCGAUAUCUGCUCUGUUGAAUGAAAAUGAAGAAGAAAUAGAAAUGUUUUACGAAGUAUCUGAGACAACUUGGAAAGAUUUAUUUCCAAAUUUAUAUCCUAGAAAAAAGGAACUUGUAGAUUAUGAUAUAUCGGUGAUGUUAUAUGGAAUGGGUUUGGAAAAAUAUGGCAAUUUAUUUCAAGGAAUGGAUAUUAAAACUUUUUUGCAAUUGACAGAAGAUGAUCUUUGUUGUCUAGGAGUAGAUAUUACUGUUCAUAGAGAUCAAUUCUUAGAAAGUCUUGAAAAAUUUCAUAACAGGAGGUGGCUUUUAAACAGUUUUGGCAAACUUAAGAAAACUGAUUCGUAUACAAUUUAUGACGGCGUAAUAUCGUUAACAAAUGCAAAAAAGCAGAUUGGUGUGAUAGCUUCUAGUUUUCAGUACAUUAAAAAUAAUUUGUUGAAAGCUGCAAACGAAAAUAUCAUUUUGUCUUCUGAAAAAAGAAUAGAAUAUGAAGAAGAACUGAGGAAAACGCAGAAAACUUUGAAACUUCUAAAGAAUGAGAUAAUACAAGUUAAAAAACUAACCCAACAGGUCGACAAGGAAGCUAAUAUUGGUGCACCGGCAAUUUGGAUUGGUCCCAAGAGUACCAAAUCCAGUUGGACUAUAACAAUAAGUAUUACAUUAAUGGUAGGACUAUACUUGUGCAAAAAAAUGUAUGUUCAAAGAUUAUGGAAUAUACAUAACAUUAGAAUAUCUUCAAUACUUCGUUUUCGAACAAAUUUACCAUAUUUUUUCGAAUAAAU